UGAAAUGUACCCUAAAACUGUACUUAUAACACCAAGAGCCGAAAUCUCCCAAUCCCCUUCCCUCUUCCGCUGACUUCCUCCUCAUCGAACUCCUCCAAAUCCCUAAAAACCUCAAAAUUUCCCCCAAAUCAUGACGACCUACGGCACGAUCCCGACCUCAACCCCUCCCCCUUCCUCCUCCUCCACCUCAGCGAGCCGCUCGGCCCUUCGCCACGCGCGGGCCAUGGGGGAGCUCUCCGGCGCCCGCUCCUUCUCCCUCCCCACGUCCCUCGGCGACGCCUACCUCCGGAUCCGCACCAACUCUCCUACUUCGCCAUUGAACUACACCCUCGUCGUCCUCCUCGUCGUCUUCCUCUCUCUCCUUUGGCACCCGAUCUCCCUACUCGUCUUCUCGCCUCGAUGGCCGCCUGGCUCCUUCCUCUACUUCCUGCGGGACGAGCCGCUUGUGAUCGUUUGGCUGAUCGGGGAUAAGGCGGUCCUGGUCGAGCUGAGCGUGGUGACGCUCGUGCUGCUGCUGCUGACGAAGGCGACCCUGAAUAUCCUGGUGAGCCUCGCGGUUGGGGUUUUGGUGGUUGUGGUGCACGCGGCGGGUGAGGAGGACGGACGAUUUGUGCCCAUGGAUUGUUGUGGGUUACGCCUACAGUUUCACUAUUCUAGCAACACUGGUGCAUGUUCUAGCUGCACAAUCCCGGCUCUUAACCUGUCCGGUAGAAUUAAGAUGGCUUUUAACCUGUCUAGUUGA